GGCGUUAGCCCUUUGUCAGAGCAAAUUGCCUUUUAACAGCUGUUGACACAUCGAUUAUACACCACGAUUUCUGUUUUUCUGCAACUACAACUGAUCUGUCUCUAUAUGAAUUAUUUAAGUUGUUUCCCCGCUGACCACUCGUAUUUCGCCCUUUUUCCCCUCCACCGCUCGUCGCUCGUGAUGUAGAAACUCCCGAAAAUUACUGGGGAAAAUGUCGGGUAAAACAUCUCAAAGAGCUCUUUCAGCAGCUAUAUCCCAGGGAAUUUUAGGCUCUCCGUCUCUUACUUAUGAACCAGGAAAGCCCAAGCAUGCAGGUCUGUUUUACGAUCUCGAUGAAUUCGAAUCUGGACUCGACAGGGCAGAAGAAGCUUUUGGUAAAGGUAAACAACUCAUCGAUCGAUUUCCUGUGUAGAAUGUCAUUAGUUCAGGGGUCUUGGGGUCGCCAAGACGGAAUUGAUCCCGAAAAAUGUUUCAUAAAUUCCGCAAAUCGUACCAUUUCAUCCCCAAAAUCCGCUUAAUGACAGUCAGAUAAGUAAAAUAUGGAAUGACACUCGCUCGCUCGCUCGCUCGAUUGGUCGAUUCCUGUAAACUUUUUUUUCGAUUUUAAGCUUUUGAUAGUUUGUGGCGAGUAAUAAACAAACGAAAUGGCGACCUUUGUUGCCAAGAAUAGUGGUGGGGUGAAAAGUUUCCACAAGCGGCGCUAGCGACCGGCAGGCGUGUGAGGAUUCACACUGAAAUAAGAGAACAACCUUCGUUUUUCAUAAAAUUGUAAUUUACAAUCCUUGAACUUUGAAAACAAUCCGAAGAUUUGUUAAAGAUAUCACUUACUCCGAAGCGCUCGGAGUUUACAGGUGUUCAAAAGCUUUUUCUGUUGUGGCGUGAGAUUGGGACAAAGUCGAUCAUUACAUUUCGUAUCGUGUGCUUUUUUCUGUGAGAAGCAACAAAAAGUGCCAGCGACUGACGAAAUUACAGGUUAAGACGAAAAUCAAACACUUAAACAAAUAAUUUUGGCUACCGAUUUUCAGUGAAUUUUUAAAGAACAAUUCUCUUUCAAGUUUCAAGACAAUUUGAAGAUUCAAAAUAAAUAUUACGUACUAAAAUGCGAAAGUUAUACAAUACAAAAUUGAUUAAUAGGCCUGAAAUGAAAUUCUAUCUUGUUCUUGAUUAUACGUUGCCUAGCUCGUGACCAAAAUCUACCCAGGUGGACAUCCAAAAUGACGGUGGCAGUCUGGGCUUAGUUAUGUCACUCAAAACUCACUCCCGUUUGUCUCAUUUGAUAAAAAGGGAAUCAGUAAUCUUUUCAUUAAGACAGUAUUGCCUUGAUCUUCCAAUAUUUACAAUGACAGACAGUAAAUUUCACUUUUCACCCACAUUCACUUCCAAUCUUUUCUUUUAAACCAGAAAAAAAAAUGAUAUAUUAUUGAUUUCUUUUACAUACUCUUCUCUUUGUGCUUACUAUUCUUUCUCUGUGGUGCUGAUGCGGAGAAUUUGCUGAACUAUCAAGAGUUUCUUUAGUUGGCAAUGGUUUCCUUUAUUCUGUUGACCUUAAUGUUUGAUACUGUGGUGAUAUUGUCCAAAGAAAUAAGUCACUCAUAGUAGUAAGAAAUUUAAAUUGUGGCUUUUUCCUUUCAUGGAUGAGCUAAAGGUUACUAAUUUUUUUAAUGUCUCUUUCACAGAUGUUCUCCAUGCAAUUGCUGUAAAAGCCAAUCCUGUUUCAGCUAUGCUAAAGAUUAUUCUUAAAAAGGCAUGUAACUAAAAUUUGCUCUUCAAUUUCAUCCUCAUAAAACAUUACUCCAAUGAAGUAAGUUCAUUUAGGGGUGUAGCUUGGAAAGGGGGGGGGAGGAAUUGGCUUCCCAUAAUUCUCCCUUUGAGGAGAAAAAAAUUUUAAUUGGGGUGGUGAAGACAUGUCAAUCUGAAGAAGCUGUAUUACAUAUUAAGAUCUUUUUCAAAUCUAGAAACCCAAUUUGUUGUUCCUCCUUGCCAUAUGAAUACGAACCUGCUUACAUUCAAGGACAAGCAGUGCUAAAACUAAAUCAUGUAAGAUGUGCAGAAAUUGUUAACAACAUACCCCCCUUUCAACAAUUUUUUUAUCUUUUGCACCCAGUGACUACUCUGAACCCUCUAUGACCCAACCUCAGCUGUGGAUAUUCCCCAUACUGUUCUCUGUACAUUUCUCUCUCUACUGACAGAAGAAUUUGUCCAUCAAUCAAUAGUUGUGUUUGAGUUGUUGGUCAUUUCCCUUAUUCUAGUGACCCUAAGCAUUUACGCCCUAAAUUCAGUAUGCAUAUUCUCCAUACUGUUCUGCAAAUUCCUAAGGAACUGACAAGGAGAAUUUGAUUUACAAUCAAGAACUUCUUCAGCUGUUGAUCAUUUACUUCACUCUCGUGACCUUACUGUUUGAUUCAUAGGUGAUAUUUAAGGGAGAAAUUAGAUCUCAGAUAAGAGUGACAAAAGGGUUCAUUUUUUAUUUAGUAUUCAUACUGUAAAGAGAAGUUUGAUGUUAAUCAUUCUUGGAGGUUGUGUUAAUGUAUACACCCCUAGAAUACCAGAAGCCAAUUUGUGUUAUCAUUUAUCUAGGGUCAUGGUCUUGAGUGUGCUUCAAUCACGGAAGUGCUACACGGCAUGGAUCUUGGAUUUCCACCUGAGAAAAUUGUGUUUGACUCACCUGUGAAAACAGAGCCAGAAUUGAGUAUGACUACUAUUGAAUAUUAUCUGAAAGACUGA